AACGACUGUUAGCCACAGUAACGUCGUCUGUACCAAAACCACGCUGUUUACAUUAACCAUACUUCAAGGCUCCCUGGUUGCCCGUAUGAUUAAUGGAAGCGUUUUUUAAGUUGGCAAAAACUAGAAGGUUAAGUUGAGAUCACAGACCACAAUAUUAUACCUGUAGUGCCUGUUCACAUUGACAACAAGUGCAGUUAUUAAAAAAUGGAUAAAUUCUUAAUUAAAAAGAACAAGGAACCACCAACGUCUGGAAUUUCACGGGGAAUGAAACAAGCCAGCCUUCACCAACUUGGUGGAGUUGUAAUUUUAGAAGAUUUGACGUUAGCCAAUCAACAGCUCUCAAAUCCUGAAAUUUCACCUGAUCAAAAAGUUGCUAUUCUUAACAAGUUGAAGAAAAAGAAACCUGCCAAAGAAAUUCUUAAAUCUACCGGAAUCGGUCGCACAGUUCAUCGUCUUUGUCGAGAUGAAAACUCUAUUGUUUCGUGUGCAGCUAACGAGGUUUAUGGUUUCUGGAAGAGUCAUAUGCUACACAUUCUCCGGCGGAAGCCAAUCGAAGUAGAAAGUGACGCUGAAACCCAGCGGGGUAGAGCCAGUGCCAAAAAGAUGAUCAACAUUGCAUUAAACAACUCUGUGAUCGCAGAAGAAAUUGAGAUUCAUGUAUUUAACAAGUGCAAAAAAAUUAUGAACCAUACUUAUAAUCGAGUCAUACGAAAAAUUCACUUUUGCUUGAAAGGUAACGAAGAUCAAAAGUGGCGAGUGAAUGAAAUGAACAGUGAUCUAAAAGAGUUUGUGGAAGAAAUGUACCGGGAUGUGAUGAAAGUUUACGCGAACCAGUGAAAUGUACAAGUAAUAAUAUAAAUGCUAUAGAUUCAUUGAA